AUGGUUCCUGGGCUCGCCUGGAUUCAGCGUGACCGCUCGGCCAUCCUGACGGUGGGCAACCACGUGAUCACACGCAACAACCGCAUCGGCGUGUCGCACGACGGCCACCGCACGUGGUACCUCACCAUCAAGGACGUGCGGCAGGGCGACGCCGGGACCUACAUGUGCCAGAUCAACACCGAGAUCGCCGUCAGCCAGGUCGGCCACGUCAGCGUUGUGGUGCCGCCGUACAUCAAGGACGACAUGAGCAGCCGCGACGUGAGGCUGCAGGAGGGCGCAAGCGUGAUCCUGGCGUGCAGCGCGAGAGGGUCGCCCGUACCCACCAUCAAGUGGCGGCGGGAAGACGGCAGCGAAAUCCAGGUCAACGGCACCACGGCCAUGCUGGAGGUGCCCGGGCCGCUCCUGCAACUGGCGCAGGUCAGCCGCACCGACAUGGACGCCUAUCUCUGCAUCGCCACCAACGGCAUCCCGCCCUCCGUCAGCAAGCGCAUCCAGGUCGAGGUCAAGUUUCUGCCAACGGUGAACGUGCCCCACCAGCUGGUAGGCGUCCCGCUCAACCAGGAAGUAACCAUCGAGUGCUACAUCGAGGCCUGGCCGCCCGGUCUCAACUACUGGAAGAGGCCCAAUGGAAUCGAAGUGCUUCACUCGGACAACAAAUACGAAGUCAAGGAGAUCCCGGGCUCCCAGAAGUACAAGACGCACAUGCUGCUCACCAUCAAGUCGGUGACGAAGGCGGACAUCGGCGAGUACAACUGCAUCGCCAACAACAGCCAGGGCGGCGGCGAGCAGGUGGUGCGGGUGGCCGCCUCCGACCCCAUGCCGCCCAACAACCGCAACGCCCUAGAGAAAGGUUACGAAACGAAAGACGGCGCGUACGGGAAGCCCUCGCUGUCGGCUGUCAACUGGAGCAAAGACGCCGGUGAGUCGCUCGGCCGGACGAAGUCCUUCGGCGUUCGUGUGACGGGAUCGGAUGUUUCCGCUCUCAACUCCUCGACGUCGACCAAAGACGACUACGACGACCUGCUCACGUCGUCCCAGAGGACCUUCAAGAACAAGCAGCGCCAGGCCAAAAAGAGACUGCAGCACGCCGACCUAGAACACGACCAUGCCUCUCUGAGCUGGUGGUCUCCCGUGGUGGUGUCGCUCCUGCUGGGCAACCUGCUGUGGAGCGCCCUGCUGGCUCAGGGCCGGGAGAAGGGUCGACGGGCUCUUCUGUCGGGCCCGCGCUGCUCGCCCGCCGGCGGGUCCUCGCCGCAGGCGGGAGCGGAAGCAGAGGCGACCGGAGGAGAAAGAGGAGGCGACAUGGUGUCGGAGAACCACGCUGAGGAGGAGCACGAGACGCAGGAAGGGAAAGCUUUUAGGAAUCUCAUCGUCACCGAUUUUCACUCGGAUUCUCUCGCCCUCUUUUAA